AUGCAAGAAAUCUCGAGUACUGAAGACUCAAAAAUGCCCAGCCUUUCGUUUACCCAGAUCAACUGGAAGGCUGUGGCAGAAUGCUGUGGGAUCACCCCUGAAGCUGCCAGAAGCCGCUUCAAACGUUUCCAAAAGCGCAUGGUCAGCGUUGAGGGCGAAUAUGAAGAGCCCAAGCGCAAGCGGUCAAGAAAAACAACUCCACAGGGACCUUCUGAGAUCAAUGAAGAGCCCCAAGAGCGCGAGAUGGAACAGAUCAAGGAUGCUGUGACCGAGGACUUCAUCAAGGAGGAUGAGGAUGAGGCUUGA